UCUUGAGAACCCCACUCCAAACAUACUUUCAGCCCUCCCUUCAAUCUAUAUCAUCUUCCUCCUCCUCUAUUAUUACUGCCUAGGACAUUAUUCCUUCUCCAAAAAGUUGGACAGAAAAAUGGUGAUGCAAAAGGGUUUGUCUAUGAAUGCCAGAAUAAUUGGGAGUGGGAAAGAGACCAUAGUUUUAGCACAUGGGUAUGGAGGAGACCAGUCUGUGUGGGAUAAAGUGGCUCCAAAACUGGGUGAGAGUUUCCAAGUUGUUCUCUUUGAUUGGUGUUUUUCUGGAGCCACAAAGGAUAGGAAUGGGGAAUUUGAUGCCAUAAAGUACUCAUCCUAUGAUGCUUUUGCUGAUGACUUGGUCAGCCUUCUUGAGGAGCUCAAGUUGAAAUCUUGUGUCUUUGUUGGCCACUCCAUGUCUGGCAUCAUUGGUUGCAUUGCUUCACUUAAAAGGCCUGACCUUUUCAACAGGCUCAUCCUUGUUGCUUCUUCUCCAAGGUUCAUAAACCAUGAAGAUUACGAAGGGGGGUUUGAAAGACUAGAGGUUCAACAAUUGUUAAUCAACAUAGAAGAGAAUUACGACGAAUGGAGCUCGAGCUUUGCGUCCGUGGGUGUCGACCCGAUCGACCCUCUCUCUGUCCAAAAAUUCGCAAAAUGUUUGAAGAGGAUGGGGGUAGAGGUCGGGUCUCCGUUGGCGAAAACUGUGUUCUUGAGUGAUUAUAGGAGUGUUCUUGAGAAGGUGAUCACUCCUUGUACCUUAAUCCAUUGCAAGCGUGACUUCGUUGUCCCCACAUCAGUGGCCACCUUCAUGCACAAUAAGAUCAAAGGUGAAUCCACCAUUGAGAUUGUCAAUGGCCAAGGUCAUUUUCCACAGCUCACUGCCCAUGAAGAGUUCCUAGAGAUUGUUCUCGAGGCCUUGUCUUCAUUAAUAUGACUAAUUAAAACUUGUUUUAUUGUAAUAAACAAAGGAAUGCAGGAGUAGUUGUACUCUUUUAUGGGCAUCUCAAAGGGUACUUUAAUGUUCCAUGUCUGUAAGAUUACUUGUACUUGCUAUUACUAUGCAGUUAAUUACUGCAGCAAGUACUCUACUAGUAUAGUGUUUUGCCUAAAUGAAAUGAUUUUGCAUAUAUGGUUCACUUGGUUGUUGGUUCUACAUACUUUGCUUCAUCUCAGUCAGUUGUAAAUAUUUAAUUUGUUUUCAUGACGAUUUAUCAU